CAGCAACAGCAACCGCAGCUACCUCGCCUUCUUCCGUGGAAUCACAACCCACAGCAUUCCCUCCACUCACCACACACCAUCCGCCACUCACAGACUCCACGUCCAAUUCAUUCCAUUUUAUCUCAGUAUCCCUCGCGAUUUUCUCAAUUCAUCUGCUCUUCGCACAUACCGUUAUUCUCGAUAUCCUUCACCCUUCUCUUCCAUUCCUCCCUCUCUACCCUUCCUGCUGGCAUGGAAGAGAGAGCAUGACUUUCUACCACUCGCCAUCCGCACACUGAAUUACCGCCUCUACCUCCCACACGUCCUCACCACCCUCGCUUCUCACUCGAUCCAUCUCUCAUGCGCUGCCAUUGAUCUCCCCCUAGUUACCAUUGUCUCGACGCCCACAGCUCCUUCAACUCCCCCUUUCAGCACCUUCUAUCGUCGUUCGAGACUCUGUCUAGCUUGAGCGAUCUCAUCACGUCAGACUGGCUUCACACCUUUCCCCAACCCGUCAUCUUGUCAACCGUCCGAUCACGACUGCUACUACAUUCAUGACCUCCUGACACUAUCUCAUAUUUCUUUCCUGCCUCGUCGGAUACCUGCUACCUCUUGACUGAGCAUGGCAGACUAUGGUGCGCCGGACUCGCGUUACCAUGGCGCGCGGACCGCCGGAUAUGGCGCCACAGGGGAACAUCAAAGGGACGCCGCCUUCCACAACAUUUUUGGCGGAAUGCCUCCUCCUGGAAGAUCUCAGACGAUGACAACACAACCUUCGGGGCCGAUGUACGAUCGAUCUCAGAGUAUGACUUCGUCUACGCAGUCUCCACACGCUAUGUCCAUGAGGCAAGGUCCACCGCACCCUCAGCCCAUGCGACCGACGGGACAUAACUACGAUAGGACCAACGGCUACGCACCCAGCCAGCCCUACAUGAAUGGAUCUAAUGCAUCUCGCCCUCCACCCUCCAAUCCAAUGCCGCCUUUCCCAGAUCGAAGACCAUAUCCACCUCCACAACGCCUCGACACUCGCGGUCCUGGACCCAUGCAUAUGCAGAUGGGGGGCCCCUACGAGAGAAAACCCAUCCCCAACCGCAUGCCUCCUCCUGCACUUAACAACGAUGCUUAUCGAUCACGCUCCAUGGUCAGGCCCGGCGAAUCGCCAGGCUACCGUCCUCCCCCAAGCAGCUUUCAGCCAGGUACUGCAGGUGCGUUUAGACAACAGCCGUAUGCACCGAUGGGCAGUGGCUCCAGGACUACUGCUCAGGGUCGGCACAUACCCGACCGCCCUGAUGAUGGCCGUGCAAUGUCGAUGGGGACUUACUCCUCUGAUCGGGAUCACGCUCAACAUUUGACCAGUGGAAGAGUUGUUCCACCAAGACCUCGAGAAUCUGAGGCCGAUCCUUUUGCUGAUCAGUUUGCUGCGCUCACCCCAUACAAUGGUCACGGAUCCUUUGCCUCGUCUCAAUCUCCUGUCUACACCCCUGUGGCGAGAUCUAGGCGCCCUAGCGAAGGUAGCCUUCCCACAAGGACCAUCUCUACCACCUCCGCCGCUUCUGCUUCGUCCGACAUCACGACCACCCCAGUGAAUGGAUCGCGUUCUGAUAGUAUGAGGAGUCGGCCAACCCCCACUCCGGGUUCCUCCAGUUCUACGACAACCACCGUCGUGCAACGGAAGUCUCCUCUCGUUUAUCCGGCUCUCUUAUCGCGUGUCGCAAAUGCCUUUCAAGAACGAAUUGGAGUUGGUGACAGAACCAAAAAUGACCUGUCUUACAAAAAUGCAUUCACUGGCGCCGAGGCGGUGGAUCUGAUUGCAUACAUCAUCAAAACUACUGACAGAAACUUGGCCCUCCUCCUCGGGCGUGCACUCGACGCCCAGAAGUUUUUCCACGAUGUCACGUACGAACACCGAUUGAGAGAUGCUCCUGGGGAGGUGUACCAGUUUCGAGAAACCAUGGGGGAAGAAGCCUCCUCCAAAGACGUAAAUGGAGUUUUCACGCUUCUGACAGAAUGCUACUCUCCUACCUGCACCAAGGAUCAUCUUUGCUAUUCAAUCGCCUGUCCCCGGCGACUUGAACAGCAAGCCCGUCUCAAUCUCAGACCUCAACCAGGCCUGAGACAUUCAGGAUCCCGCGGUAGCUUACAUGACAACGAUGACCAGGAACAGAAGCUCUGGAUCAACAGUGUUCCCAAGGAAGUUGCUGACAAGAUCGAUGACAAGGAGAAGAAGAGACAGGAAGUCAUUUCCGAGCUCAUGUACACCGAACGUGACUUUGUCAAAGACUUGGAAUACCUACGCGACUUUUGGAUUCGGCCGCUCCGCGGCCUCGGACAAUCACUGUCACCAAUCAAGGAAGAGAAACGAGAAAAGUUCGUUCGAACCGUUUUCGGAAAUCUCUCAGAGGUUCUUGCCGUAAAUUCCAAGUUUGCGGACGAGCUGUCAAAGAGGCAAAAGGAGCAACAUGUGGUGCACAGUAUUGGCGAUGUCUUCUUGAAAUGGGUUCCACAAUUCGAUCCAUUCAUCAAGUAUGGUGCGAACCAGAUGUACGGCAAAUUUGAGUUUGAGAAAGAAAAGGGAGCCAACCCGGCGUUCGCACGCUUUGUUGACGACACUGAGAGACUCAAGGAAUCAAGAAAACUGGAGCUGAAUGGCUAUCUCACCAAGCCCACGACUCGUCUGGCUCGGUAUCCUCUCUUACUCGACAAUGUGCUAAAGUAUACAAAGGAUGAGAAUCCGGAUAAGAAGGAUAUACCGAAGGCUAUUGGCAUCAUCAAAGACUUUCUCGCCCGUGUCAAUGCUGAAAGCGGCAAGGCAGAGAACCAUUUCAACCUCCUCCAGCUCAACCAGCAGUUGAAAUGGAAUGCGGGCGAGUACACGGAUCUCAAACUAACGGAAGAAAACCGGGUGAUUUUGACAAAAAUGAGUUUCAAGAAAAACCCGACGGAUAGCUCAGAGGUGCAAGUGUACCUUUUCGAUCAUGCAGUGCUGAUGUGUCGCAACAAGACUGUCAACAAAAGGGACGAACUGCGUGUGUACCGGAAGCCUAUUCCCCUAGAAUUACUUGUCAUUGCCGAGAUGGAUCAGGUUAUACCCCGCCUGGGCAUUGCGAAGCGACCGUCAUCAAGCCUCCUGCCGGGCGCAAAAUCUUCCGCCACCCAGCCUGGACAAAAAGAGACAUAUCCAGUCACAUUUCGCCAUCUUGGGAAAGGCGCGUAUGAAUUACAGCUGUACGCCACAUCAAUCACCCAACGUAAGAAGUUCAUUGAGCUGGUGGAAGAGCAACAGACAAAGCUGCGAGAGCGCAGCAGCAACUUCUAUACCAGAACGAUUCUAUGCGAACGAUUUUUCAAUUCUCAGAACCGUGUCAACUGCCUGGUCCCCACAGACGGCGGCCGUAAGCUUAUCUAUGGCACAGACAACGGGAUCUACAUCGCAGACCGCUGGCCGAAAGACAAAACUAUCAAGCCCAAACGAAUUCUAGACGCUACCCAGGUCUCUCAAAUCGACACACUUGAGGAGUACCGACUUUUGCUUGUUUUGUCCAACAAGACUCUCACAUCCUACCCAUUUGAGGCUCUAGAUCCUAACAAUCAGAAUCCGCUCGCGACUAGACCACGCAAGAUUCAGGGACAUGCCAACUUCUUCAAAGCUGGAAUUGGCCUAGGACGACAUUUGGUAUGUUCGGUAAAGACUUCGGCGCUCUCGACGACGAUUAAGGUAUAUGAGCCGAUGGAUGAUCUUACUAAGGGUAAGAAAAAGCCGGCAAUAAGUAAGAUGUUUGCCAGCGGGCAAGACGCUCUCAAACCAUUCAAGGAAUUUUACAUCCCAGCCGAAUCAACCUCUGUGCAUUAUCUACGAUCGACAUUGUGUGUCGGCUGCACGAGAGGGUUUGAGGUUGUGUCUCUUGAGACAACUGAACGUCAAUCUCUUCUUGAUCAGGCCGACACAUCACUUGAUUUCGUCACGAGACGGGAAAACGUGAAGCCCAUCCAUAUCGAACGUUUGAACGGCGAAUUCUUGCUCAACUACUCCGACUUCAGCUUUUUUGUCAACCGCAACGGCUGGCGGGCGCGACAAGAUUGGAGAAUCACGUGGGAAGGAACGCCGCAGGCAUUCGCGUUGAACUAUCCUUAUAUCCUCGCAUUCGAGCCUAGCUUCAUCGAGAUCCGGCACAUUGAAACUAGUGAAUUGAUUCAUGUCAUGACUGGCAAGAACGUAAGGAUGUUGCACUCAAGUACUCGAGAGAUUCUUUACGCAUACGAAGACGAAACAGGAGAGGAUGUGAUUGCCAGUUUAGACUUUUGGCAACAGGCCGCGCCUUGAGGACUCAAGCAAUGACCGACAAGGGCAAGUUAUGGCAGUGAUUCGCACUUCCGCAAAAGAAGGCCCGAUACUACCGAAGGGAACCUUGGCAGCGGACAUGGUUGCGACCAAAUCAGCAAGGAGCCCCAAGUCGAGCGUGGAUAGGCUACCUACAUACAAAUGGACGUGACGAAUACAUUAGACGGGAAUGGACGAUGCCACGGGCGAGAUGACUGGAAUGCUAGGGUUGCCACGAUGUCUCGAUGUCUCCAUGUCAUGCAGUCCCGGUGCCAUGAGUCAAUCAUGAUGGCUUUCUUCGAGGAAGAAUAUGACAGGCGCAGUUUCGAUUGAUAGCCCUGGGCAUGUCGGAUUGGGAAGCUGGGGUUGUCUUUGCUCAAGCCCCUCUUCUUGAAGGCAGACAUCAAUACAGAAGAUAUUGAGACAAAUUACAAUUUUCACCAACACAACUUGAAAGACCUAAUCUAGCUAACAAGCGAGCUUUUUAGAUGGCCAACUGACAUGAGGUUCGUGCGCCGAGUGCAUCUUCUCGCUUUCCGCUUUCUCAUCGAUUCGACCUCGACAUCCACCAAAAGUGAGUCUUCCAAGACGAUGAAUGCUGUCGUUGGCUGGCAGAUGAGGCGCAAGAAUCGAACAAGGCAGAACAAAGCACUUUAUCCGAGGGGUGACUGUACUUUGGCUCUGGUCACUUUGUCUUGAUCCAUGACUGCAGUUGUUGACUCGAUUGCUCUUUGUUGUACGAGACAAGACACAUUAUCUGCCGGAGUACCUUGAACGAUGGACAAUCGAGCCUUGACUCAAUCAUGAUGCUGG